AUGGAAAUAAUACGUCGAGUGGUUGGGGCGUUACCGACGCUUUCAAUCAAGCGGAUGAGUGACUUUAUAUUUCUUCUUUAUGGAGUAUUUCUUCUUCUUUAUUCGGUCUAUGUGAGUGUCUUUCGGUUGCAAUCUGACACGUUGCCCCACGUGGAGUCGUUGACGUCAGUUGUGACGUGUACGAUGCUUCAAAGUGUGAUAGUGGUGACGUCAUCACUUUUUCAGAUUUUGCAGCGGACGUAUAGUGACGUGACAUCGGUUUCGUUCCACUCAUUUGUGCUUAUAGUAAUCUUAAUGGUUUCAUUAACUCAUUCGGUAGUAAUAGGCGUUUCUAUUCAUAAUUUUAAUAGAAUAAGUGAUACUAAUAGUAAUAUCCCGGACAUCGAACAACAAUACUCGUGCUGUGGGUGGUACUCAAUUUCGACAAGAAGAUGUAAAUCACUGGCUGGACUCAGAAUGGACAGAACAUGCUACGGAAGCGUCGGGACGGACGUCUGGAGUGUACUACCUGUGGCAAUGGGAAUCAACAUAAUCUUGAUCGGCCUCGCGAUCGUCAAAUUUGGAAUCAUCUACUUCAACGCAAUGAACGAAAAUAAAGCAGAGAUGCUCGUUAACAAGAACGAAGACACAGAAGACGCUGUCGACGUCGUCAACUAUCUUCAAGUCGAUGAGAUUGAGGAAUCCAUUUUCGACGAUUUUGGAGAUCAUCUCAAAAAUAACGAUGUGUUGCACAACGAAACGACAAAUGGUAAAGGCAAAAGCGAGUCAUCGGAAAUCACUGCUGAAAGGAUGAACAGUGCGGUCGAAGAAGAAGAUUUUAUAUUGCAGAACGACACGACAGAGAAACGAGUCGAAAGAUUUUAA